AUGGAGAUAUUUCGUCCUUUUGACGACAAGGGGUCUCGCAGUUAUGAAACGGGGGGUAAUUUAAGCUGCUGGAGGCAUGGAGGAGGUGUCAUUGAAGUGGGUUUCAGGACUUCUAUGAGGUUUUGGGGGGUCCCUCAUACAGCCACUCAGAAAGAGAUUAAGAAUGCAUACUACCAGUUGGCCAAGAAAUACAAUCCAGACACCAACCCAGACGACCCCCAAGCAAAAGAGAGGUUUGCCAAACCGGCCGAAUCAAAUGAGGUAAAAGUUCUUCAAGGCUCUGAACAGUUGGGUUGUACCUAUCUUCAGGUUCGUUUUUCACUCAAAGAAGGACACAGAAGGAGCAAGAAAGAAACACAAAGACUCGCCAGAGGAGCAGAUGAUAUUUCCAAUCUCCCAUCUGCUUAUACAGAUCGAUUGUGA